AUGGAUGAAAGAAUUGCAGACUUACAGGAACGUCACUUCAUGGAGCGCGCGGACUUUUUGGGGAUGGAUUACCCUUCUCUUUACAUGUGCAAACCCAAAAGGGGAAUCAAGAGGGAGGACGGCGGCAAGGACGCUUAUAAGUUACCACACCGUUUGAUAGAGAAAAAGAGAAGAGACCGAAUCAAUGAAUGUAUCGGUCAACUGAAGGAUCUGCUGCCGGAGCAUUUAAAGCUUUCGACUCUGGGCCAUUUGGAGAAGGCGGUUGUUCUGGAAUUAACUCUGAAACAUUUAAACGCAUUGACUGCGGUCACGGAGCAGCAGCACCAGAAGAUUAUCGCUUUACAGAACGGGGACCAGUCUAUUAAGACAUCUGUUCACAGCGAGGUGGACGCCUUCCAUUCUGGUUUCCAAACAUGCGCCAAAGAAGUUUUGCAGUACCUGAGCCAGUUUGAAAACUGGACUGCGCACGAGCAGAGCGGCGCCCAGCUCCUCCAGCACCUUCACAAGGCCCUGGCCCGGGUCCAGUCCGGCUCACUUCUCUCCCGGCAGCAGCAACAACAGUUCCCUGCUGGCGACACACCAGAAGGGCACAAAGCCGACAACCAAGCCAAUUGCGUCCCAGUCAUACAGAGGACCCAAGGAGGGGAUCUGACUGAGAACGACACGGACACGGACAGUGGCUAUGGGGGUGAGGGGGGCAAGGAUAAAGAGUGUGAGCACAACAACAACUCGCAGGAGGCAAAAGGUGUGAAAAUCAAGCAGGAGUACGGAGACGAUUGCCCGGCUAAGAAACCAAAGAUGAAUUGGUCCGGCAAUAGCUCAGGGGGCACUGAUGUGGCCUUCAUGAACUCUCUGAUGGGAUUAACCGGUGUGGGACAGCAGACGCCGAUUUGCAUGCCUUUCUACUUCAUAAAUCCAUCAGCUGCUGCCUCGUACAUGCCUCUUUUCGAUAAAAACAACAUGGAAAAGGGCAUGUACCCGGCGGCUGCCCUGGCCUCCCCCUUUCCAUGGCUGUAUCCCGCGCAGGCAUCUGCAGCAGCGGCAGCAGCGGCUGCUGCCUUUCCGGGGCUUUCCACGCACUUUGGCUCUUCAUCUCCGUGUGAGGAUCCCCAGUUUGGUGAUGACGCGGAAACGAGUUCGCCCGAAGACCGUGAGGAAACUCCCACGAGUGAAGGGGGUGACGAUGAUGACGAGAGUGGACUUCACCGGCCACAUGACCAGUUGGCCGUCUGUAAAAGCAGCUAA